CCCAAAAAGAAGAAAAAUCGCAGGGCCAAAGGACAACAAACCCCUCCUUCCCGCGUCGACACUCCACUGGCAGCAACAUCCACAACACAAGACGACGACGAGAUGACCUCUCUACCACUGCUGAUCUGCAGCUUGGGUAACCCGGGCGCUGCAUACGCCAAUACCCUCCACUCAGCCGGCCACAACGUCGUCGCCGCACUAGCCACUCUGCUCCAAACUUCACAAUUCACAAAAGACCGUUCCUAUGGAAAUGGCUCCCUCACACGCUCCUACUCUCCAGAAACACCUUGGACGUUAUGGCAAUCGCCUACGUAUAUGAAUGAGUCGGGCAAGGGCGUCAGUUCAGCAUACCGCACGUGGAUACGAGAGAAUCCUCAAGGACGUCUGGUUGUCGUCCACGAUGAGCUGGAAAAACCAUUGGGCUCGGUGACGGUGAGGGAUAAAGAGGGGCUUUCGGCCAGAGGACACAAUGGGCUCAAGAGUUGUCUGGCGAGUUUGGGAGGUGUAAAGUUUGUGAGGGUGGGUGUGGGGAUUGGAAGACCUGUGAGCAGGGCGCCGGAUGAUGUUGCGCGAUAUGUGCUCAAGAAGAUGACACCAGUCGAGAGGCAGAAGGUUGAAGGCUCGGCGGAGGAUGUUAUUAAUAAGUUGUUGGCGGUCAGAGGAUGAAGAGAAAGAGAAGAUCUUGGACAACACACUUUGAGGAGAAAGGAUGUGAACAUGCUCGAGAGGACGCUUGGCUGGUCCAACCGUCCGCUUCAAGACCUUGCUCUUCUGCUGCUACCCGGUCUUCGAGACACAGCGUAGCCACCAAUAUGGUUCGAGAUAUUAUGCCUGAGAACUACCUACGGUCCAGGCACAUACGAGGAA